AUGAUUCUUUUUCGCGCCGUUGCCAUAAUUUCCCUUGCGGGAUUGUCCGCCGCAUUUGUGGACUGGAGAAACGCAACAUGCAGUGGCCCCAUCACCGACGCCAUGGCCUUGCCAAACUUGCGAUGGGAGGCGGCCGGUGCCUCUGCGGCGCUCAGUGACUUGAUGGAUUCCUGGAGGAACUACAGCUCGGGGCCAUACGAAGUCAAAUUUGAGUUCAGCCAGUAUGCCUCCUGGUACUUUGGCGGACCAGAGAUGUGGCGAUGCACGCAGCUUCUCGAUGUGCCCUGCUCAACGUCUGUAUCUUGCGAGGGCACGAAAUACCCAGCCGGACAUCUCAUCUUGAACUCCUUCUCCAAGCUUCACCAGUUUCACCGUCGCUACUGGGAGGCUCUCAACCAGGCGCAGAUGGAUAUCCAAGCCGACAUGCCCCUCUUUGCUGAAAAGUUCUCUAUUCCGCUACCCACUUCAGAAAGUCAGGCUCAGAUGCAACGGAUCAUGCUGAACGUACUGUACGGAGUCGUCGGUAUCGCUCAAGCCUACGCUAAUAACUUCUUCGUCUAUUCUGCCGUCAUGGAUGGAUUUUUAGGCCUCUCUCAGACAUUCAGGUCUCAAAUCACUACAACGACUAGUUACACCAUCUUUACAAGCUGGGCUAUUGGAAAGGACUAUAUGCUGCCGGGUAAAGCCCCAGAACCCGCCUAUGGUAAACUGUCGGCCGUAAUGGGCUCAGUGUUUGACCAGUGGAAAGCCACUGAGGUGGCCUUUCUCAAGAAUAUCUUCACCGUGAAGGACAACGAAACAAUGGCGUUCUUGACGGCGACGCUAGAUAACGGCCUAAUGUCUGCCGUACCCGACGACAUUGAUUUUAGGGAAAUGGCACAGGUGCUGAAGAAGGUUUUCUACGUCCAGCUCAUGGUGUCCACUUGGCAAUCAGUCGCGGACGCCCGGCAACCAUUCGUACUUCUCUACUCCAGGAAAACAAAUCUUCCUUAUGGGGACCACGCGAGAGCAGCGACCUGCUACAACGGCGCUCUGUUUUAUCUCUUGGACGUCAGGAGCCAAGGCGUCACGCUAAAUAUUGGGAGUCCCUCCAUCAGACCCAGUGAGAACUUUCCUUUCUCGGCGCUCUACGGCACAGAGACAAUGGACGGCGUAAUGUGGGGCGGAGUGACCAGGGAGGACAUUGUCGCGGCCGUCUAUGGCGCCUGGGUGGAGGGCGGCCGAAUGAACAACAACUUCAACCUGAACUACACUGAUGUCAGCCCAUCCCAGAACUCGUCACUCUGGGUUGGACAAGGAAUCAGGCUACCAGGCUUCGUUAAGCUGCCUUUGUGUCACAACCUCUACACGAUUUCUUGCGCAGCACUAGCACGACUUCAUCUCCUAGUCAGACCAAAAUAG